AUGGAGACUUGUCAUCACUUGUCUCCACAGUCCCAGCCUCGCCAAUCUCACAAUCUCACGAGCUUGCAGAGGCUCGACCUUGCCAGGAACCGCCUGACCGGCAAGAUUCCAGUGGAAUUCCUAACGGUCAAGAAACUGAACUACUUGAAUGUCGCCCACAACCAGCUCACUGGCGCCAUACCUAGCACAGAGCCGCUCAUCGACAUGGAUCCGGAGAACUUUGCCGCCAAUCCGGGGCUCUGUGGCAAGCCCCUGCCCCGCAAAGACGAGAAGGCAUUACUGGCUUUCAAAAGUGCGGACGUGGAUCGGAGUAACCUGCUUAACAAGUGGACUCAGCAGUCCAGCUGCUGUGCCUGGCCUGGUGUCAAAUGCGACGGAGCUAGCAGCCGUGUGAGCGAGCUCAAGCUGGAGUCUAUGGGAUUAAGAGGUACGCUGUCUCCAGAACUGGGAAGCCUCUCUCAGCUCCAGACUCUCAGCGUCCACGAUAAUGGCGUGGAGGGUCCUGCCUUUGGUUAA